CGGGGUACUGCAACACACCUCAUCAAGCGGGACUCGGAAAAACCAAACGCCAACUUCCCCCUUCUUCUUCUUUUUUCUUAGAUUGCAGGAACAUAAAAAGCCGACAGGAGAUGCUGAUCCCAGUAUCUAUCAGGACGAACUGUAGUUGACCAACCCCGCCGCUUGGUGCGCUGCUGUUGUUUCAGCCCAGCUUCCUCAAACCAGCUUCUUCCGUUGUUUUUAACAUGGCCACAACACCACGCUAGUCAGAUACUUAUCUAAGACAACUGUUUUUAAACAUUAGCACACUGAGAAUGCCAAGGAAAAAGAAAAACGGCCAUAGCCCGGCCAGAGUACCCGGGUUGUCAAACGACAACGACAACUACUACCGAAUACCGGGAACGAGUGACGGCGCUCCGCUGUCGAGAAGUGAAUUCAACACCGGGACUAACUCUCACGACCACGGUAGUACUGAUAUGCUCGUUUCGACAAACUCAGGAGGCAUCUCGGCUACUUCUCAGGACAAGGACGAGAUCGUGAGGACCAUGAAGGAGAUGUUUUGCCACCUGGAUCCGGAAGUUAUUUACAUUGUGUUGGCCGAGUGUGACUUCAGAGUUGAGAAUGCGAUGGAUUCUCUCCUGGAGCUGUCUGUAGCAGCUGAGCGUGUUGGCCCCCUCCCUCCCCUCCUCUCCGGGUUCGAGCUUACCGCAGCUCUCCUCAGCCCCCAACACAACUCCUCCAAACCAGACCUUCACCCCCGCCCGCCUACGGGGGAGUCCGCUGUCCCCCUCUCCCCUCCCCGACGGGCACCUCCUCUCCUCAGCGAAGAUAACCAGGACCUGACCACUGACUUGACAGAAGAGUUUGAUGUUCUGAUUGACCGUGAGCUGGAGAAUCUUACCAUACAGCAGGAAGCUGGAGAGAGGGACCACGGUGAUCUUCACUCCUCCUCCUCUUCCGUCUCUUCCCUCUCCUUGCUCGUUCAGCCCCCGGGCGCCCAGCAGCAGGCCCUGCCACAGCCGCUCCAGUCCGGCCCAAGAGCCUCAGCCUCCACGAGGGGGCUCCCAGGGGAUCAGCCAUGCCCAGACAGGGUGUUCUCAGCUGGGCAGGCUAGCGGACCUCACUCCCCUGUCUCUGACCUGAGCCUCAACUUCUCGGGAGGAGCAGCCGGUUACCGGCGGCAACGGUCAUUACUGGACUUCGGCCAUCUGACUUCAUCGCCAUCCGAGACGGACAGAAUUAAACCCAGCCUGCUUUUGGACCCGGGGGCCGCCGAUCGCCCCUCUGCAUUCCAGGCAUACAGGAAACUGGACCAGUUCACUGUUCGUCCAGAGGGUGAGCGGACCGUACCACCAGGCGACGUAGUAAGGGGGGCGAGGACGAAGACUGGCGUCGCAGGAGAAGAGCGACUCGCCAACCCGUCGUUCUGGAAUACUCGAGCGCCGGAGUUCCAACCGCAUGCCCGCGGAAAUCAGCCAACGGGGCCGGCAUUUAUCGUCCCUGUGGCGCUAAGCCCCUCCUCCUGGCACACCCGAGCCACACCCGCCUCCCACUGGUUGGCCCAGGGCCCUUUCGGUCAAGCCCCUACCGUCCCCAGGUCUUGGACAGGGGGUGUGUCUGCUGGCCCCAGAGCACCCCUCCAACAUGGUAGGCUCCGUCUGGAGGGGCGUGUCCUAGUGCUGCUACGGGGAGCUCCUGGGUCGGGCAAGUCCACCCUGGCCCGGGCCAUGCUGGAACAGAACCCACAUGGGGUGGUGUUGAGCACGGAUGAUUAUUUCUGUCGUCAUGGGGACUAUCGCUACGACCCCUCAGCUUUAGGGGAGGCCCACGAAUGGAACCACGCUAGAGCCCAGGAAGUGAUGGAGGCCUCUUUCUCUCCUGUUAUUAUUGACAACACCAACAUGCAGAGCUGGGAGAUGAAACCCUACGUAACUAUGGCUCUGAGGCACAACUACAAGGUUUUGUUCCGGGAGCCUAGUACCUGGUGGAAGAACAAACCCAGGGAACUGGAGAGACGUACUAGGCACAGUGUUAAAGCAGAGAAGAUCCGUUGGAUGAUGGAAAAUUAUGAUCGUCACGUGACCAUUCACUCCAUCAUGGGGAGCUCUCACCCCAAACUACCCCCCCAUUACGACCCAACACGACCCCCUCAUCACGACGCCAAACUACCCCCCCAACAGGACCCAAGCCCACCCCAUCAGGAGGCCAAACUACCCCCCCAACAGGACCCAAGCCCACCCCAUCAGGAGGCCAAACUACCCCCCCAACAGGACUCAAGCCCACCCCAUCAGGAGGCUAGCCCGUCACAGCCCAAGUCCUCAGACAAGGCCCGCCGCGACCUGGUAGGAGAGCAGCGAUUGGUCCAGGGCUCUGAGAGGUCCUGCCCCCAGCUCUCCUCCUCGCUUCCCGACGUGUCGUUGGCCGGCCACUCCGGGAGAGCCAGAACCCCGGGUUACAGCUCUGCCCACGGGUCCACAGAGUCCCUCUCCCUCAGUGAACAGGCCUCGGAAAAAUGUGCGAUUCUGGACAAUUCUAAAAUUCUGGACGAGGAGGAUAUUCUUGAUUUAGGAACGUUGGUCUCUGAACCGGAAGCUCCGUGGCAACCGGACGACGAGGGGAACAGGGGGGAGGAAGAGGAAGAGACAGGAAUUCCCCACUGUCUGGUGGAGUCUGUGUUUAGUGCAGAUCUCCAUGGUGACGACGAGAGGCCCGUGGCUUUCUCCGAGUCGAUUGGUCAGAGGGUGAGGAAAGAGAGGAGGAGUAGAACUAGGAAGACGGACUCUGAUAGGCUGGAGCCUGCUGUCAUAGUGAAGGACGCUAGCCAAUCAGUGAGCGAGGGGGAUGGAGAGAGAGAGGAUGGAGGAGGGAAGUUGGUGGGAGAAAUUGGUGAUGGGGGAGAGCAGGUGUGGGAUGGGGGAGAGAGGGUGAAGGAUGGGGGAGAGAGGGUGAGGGAUGUGGGAGAGAGGGUGAAGGAUGUGGGAGAGAGGGUGAGGGAUGUGGGAGAGGGGGUGAGGGAUGGGGGAGAGAGGGUGAGGCCUGAGUUGUUGGAGUUUGUUGGAGACUGGCCUUCAGAGGAGGUACUGGAGCAAAGAAGAGGAGGAGGAAGGAAUGGGAGGCGCCCUGGGAGGGAGGAAGAGGGAGGUGGUGAGGGGGAGGAGGCAGAUCCCAGAGGCAGCCAAUCAGAAGGGCAUCCUGGUCGCGGGCCUCAUGUCACAGAGUUCCAGAAGCUUCUAGAGCUCUUACAGACAGGUGUUGACUCCUUCCCCCUGCCCACCUGCCCCUCCCCCGUCCCCUCCCUUAGCUCAGACCGUUCAUUUGGAGAAGGAGGAGAGAGGGGUGAGGCAGGAGGGAGGAGGGGGGAGGCGGAUAAAGACCGAGUCCUGAGUCGGGAGGAAUUACCUGACUGUGUGUUGGCUAACCCUAACUCAACCCAGGUGGUUGGAUCCAACACCGUGGAGCAGAGGGAGGGAGAGACCAUUCAGGCCGCCGGAGAUGGGGGGACUCAGGGUUUAGUUGAGAAAGACUUGUUGGAGGUAGAAGGAAGCCAUCUUGGUGAGGUCAGUCAGUGUACUGACACUAGUGAGACCAGGAUGGAAAGUGAAGACGGCCAUCUUGGUGGGGGCAGUCAUUGUACUGAUAGUGACAGCCAUAUUGGUGAGGGCAGUGUGGAAGCUGGUGAAUGUAGCCAUGUUGGUGAGGUCAGUCAGUGCACUGACGCUAGUGAGACCAGGGUGGAAGGUGAAGUCGGCCAUCUUGGUGGGGGCAGUGAGGAGCGGAGGCAGAGUCGCAGGGCUGAGGAACAGUGCAAGCUGGCGCUCACCUUCACAAACGACACCCCUCCCUCCCCCAAACCACAGAUAGACCCUGACUCUGACCUCGACCCUAAUCUCCACUCUGACCUCGACCCUAAUCUCCACUCUGACCUCGACCCUAAUCUCCACUCUGACCUCGACCCUAAUCUCCACUCUGACCUCGACCCUAAUCUCCACUCUGACCUCGACCCUAAUCUCCACUCUGACCUCGACCCUAAUCUCCACUCUGACCUCAACCCUAAUCUCCACUCUGACCUUAACCCUAACCUCGACCCUGACCUUAACCCUAACCUCAACCCUAAUCUCGACUCUGACCUCAACCCUAACCUCGACCCUGACCUUAACCCUAACCUCAACCCUAAUCUCGACUCUGACCUUAACCCUAACCUCGACCCUGACCUUAACCCUAACCUCAACCCUAAUCUCGACUCUAACCCUAACCUCAACCCUAAUCUCGACUCUGACCUUAACCCUAACCUCAAGCCUGACCUCAAGCCUGACCUUAACCCUAACCUCAACCCUAAUCUCGACUCUGACCUUAACCCUAACCUCGAUCUCAACCCUAACCUCAGCCCUAACUUCAAACCUAACCUCCAACCUGACCUCUACCCUAAUCUCAACCCUGACCUUAACCCUAACCCCCACCGCCCCUCCCCUCCUCCGUCAUUGGCCGACACAGAUCGCUCCUCCCAGACCGACCCGCAAGACUUCGCCUUCCUCUGGCGUCUCGACCACAAUCGUCACGACAACCCAACCGACGCCGCGGGAUACCACUUUCCCCCUAACAACACCCUCGCCAUUCUCCACGGCAACCCUUCCCGUUUCCUCCCAGAGGUAUCGGCGGCGGUCUCGGCUGGCGUCGCGGUUCACCCCUCCGGCCAGCGCGUGGUGCCGUACCGUGUGACGCACGAGAAGGGGAGCCAGGUGGAGGAGAGGGAGCUGGAGGAGGGCCGGACCAGACAGCAGAACCUCGUCAUUCUCAGACGCCAUUUUAAACUGGUCAACAGACACACUCUGGAGGACCUCUAUGACACGUGUCAGCAGGAUCUGGAGUGGACCAGUAAUCUGUUGCUAGACUCUGGGGAGAGACUCUUCCUAGAGGAAGAGGAGGAUGAAGAAGAGGGUGAUGAAGAUCUGGACAUGGCCGUAGGUGUGUCCCUGGAGAAGAGGACGGAGGGGCGGGUUACGCCCCCAGGAGAGCAGGCUUCGGCCUCCAGCUUUUCUGAUAGCGAGGCGGUUGUUGUAUUGGGAAGAGGGGAGGAGGAAGAGGAGACGUGGAGGACAGGAGGGGGCGUGGACGAAGGGGUAGGUGGGGUUAGUGGACUGAACCAUCCGGUGUCUGGGGGUGGGGGCGGCUCAGAGGAACAAAACACCCCCUUGGGAGAGUCCACUCGUCUGGAGCACAGACCACCAGGAAGAGAUGUGGCGGAGCAGGAAGUGGUUCGGGACUCGGAGAGCGGAGCUGGCGCAGAGCAGUGGGAGAAAUGGGAGAAGGAGGAGGAGGAGGGAGACGAGGAGCUGUAUUGCGUAGACGAGGUGACCCAGUCGCUCCUAGCCCAGCUGGAGGAGAUGGAGAGGAGAGAGGAGGAGGAGGAGAGGAAAGGGAGGAAGGAGAAGGAGAAGAGGAGGGACAGACUCGUGGACAUCCAGAGUGUUGAACUGAAGCUGCCUACAGAACUGGCUCUGCAGCUGGUUGAGCUGUUUGGCCCUGUUGGUGUCCUACCAGGUGUGUGUUCUCCUGAUGACUACUCUGUGAGGAUGGACCUCAACAUGGCCAGACUGCUGCACCAGAAAUGGAAGGACACUGUCCAGGAGAAGCAGAGACAAGCAGCACUCUCCUACCAUCUACUACAAGAGAGCUCUGUCCACUGGGGCGAAUCACAGACGGCCAAAACCGGGCUCAGGGACGGGUCACGCCCAGCUCACUUCCUGAUUGGUCCAGACGGCUUUGCGUCUCCGAGCGGCCAAUCGGAGGCUCGGGAUGAGUUGCCAAUCCUGGACCACUGGAGUGUGUCCCGCCCUCAUGUCUCUCUCAGGGACAUCAUGACUGAAGAACGGGCUCUACAGGAGAACAUGGAGAGGUCUGGUCCAGGUGGUGUUAACAGGAGAGAUGGAGCUGCCAUGAUGAAGGAGACUCAGCUCUUUGACCUGUUCCCCAGCAUAGACAGACACUUCCUACAGGACAUCUUCAGAGACCACAAUUACUGUCUGGUGCAGACGGAGCAGUUUCUGAGGUCUAUGUUGGACGAGGGCCCUGUGAGAAACGUUGUGGCCCCAGAGCACACCCCCCGUACUCCCAGCAAGGAACGAGACAAGAGGCGUUCAGCAGCAGCUCCAGCGCCCCCUCCACAGUCCCUCUCUCAGUACCAGGAUGUGGAGGACCCAGAGUAUGAAGACUUCCGAGCCGAGGCCAGGCUCCAGAGAGGCAGACAGCUGGAGAGCUUCAGCAAGGCUGCAGAGGCUUACAGACAGGGACGCAGAGAUGUAGCCUCCUACUAUGGACAACAGGGUCAUCUCCAUGGUCAGAAGAUGCAUGAAGCCAAUCACCGAGCGGCGGCCCAGAUCUUUGAGCGGGUCAACUCCUCCCUGCUGCCUCAGAACGUUCUAGAUCUCCACGGACUGCAUGUCGACGAGGCCUUACUCCACCUGUCACAGGUGUUAGAGAGGAAGACCACAGAGUGUCAGCAGGGUGUGUGUAGGUCUCAGCUGUCAGUUAUAACAGGAAGAGGGAACCACAGCCAGGGAGGAGUGGCUCGUAUCCGCCCUGCUGUCAUAGACUACCUCAACACACAGGGCUACAGGUUUACUGAGCCUAAGCCAGGUCUGUUGUUGGUGUGUCUGAACUGAGAUGAAGCUGUGAUGUGACUGACUGUCCUUAUCCAGACACUACUGUCUCCUCCCCCUCUCCCCUGGAAUCUACCUCUACCACUUCCUCUCUCACAUACACAAAAAACACACCCUUCUCUCUCUCUGUCUCUCUCUCUCUCUCUGUCUCUCUCUCUGUCUCUCUCUCUCUCUGUAUCUCUCUCUCUC